AUGUUCGCCGACCUUCUAGAAGCUACACAAGACUUCAACGACGAGAGCCUUAUCGCCGAGCUCAAAGACGGGAGUGUGGUCACGAUCAAGAAACCGAUCCACGUCAGGUGGCAAGGGGAGCGCGAGUUCACAGUUGAGAUGGAGACGAUCCAGAAAAUCAAACAUCGGAUCAGGGAAGAACGACAUCUCGUGUACGAGUACAUGAAGUACGAGAGUUUAGAAGAUGUUUUGCACCACCAGAAGAAAAUUGGGCUGAAAUUAAACUGGCCAGCGAGGCAUAAAAUUGUGAUCGGGGCCGCUCGGGGACUGUGA